AUGGACCACAGUAAUUUGCAUGUUCUCUUUUCCGUGACUGGGAAAAUACCGGCCACGGAGUCCAUUUCGAAGGCUGUCUAAUUUAAUAUUCGAGCACUCAGGAAAACGUUCCGCAGAGAAGGUGUCCCGCACGCUAUCGUGACUGACAAUGAAAAUCAUUUUACUGCCAAGAAAGUUACCGGUUGGUUGAUCUCCGUGAGUUGUCGGCAUGUGCUCACUCCACCCCGACAUCCGCAAUCCAAUGGCGCCGCCGAAAACUUUGUGCGCACGCUGAAAAAUGCCAUUGCUUCCUUGAAUCCCGGUACAUUCGAUGAACUGGACAGAGGCGUUGAUAACUUUCUGAUGCUAUACCGUAACGCAGUACAUUCAACUACGGGACACAUUCCAGCAAAGUUGUUUAAGAGUCGAGUACUUCGAACAAAUCUACACUUGAAGUCUGCGGAAGUCGUGUAUCAUCGUGGUAACGAUUUACGACCCUCCAGGGGCAUUGUAUUAGACAAUUUGGGACAAAGAGUAUAUCGCACAUUGGAUCUAGACGAUGGCACUGUACCUCGUAGACAUAUGAAUUACAUCCCUGUACAAAUGUUGAAAACAGUACAGAAGAACCCAGAAGAUCUGAGCGAUUACUCAACAAAGCCCGCCGUGAUAGCAGAAAACCGGAGCUUCAUUCAAGCUGCGGCGGAUGUGGUCCCAAAUCAGAUGCUUUCUAAGUUGAAACCCAGCAGUGGUUUGGCAUCUGUCCUGGAAAGUGUCAAGGAUACUGUAUCAGGAGAUAAAGACGUUUCAUCGGCAAAUGGAACUCGGUCCGAUGGAAAGAAGCUCGCGUCAGACGCGACUCUGUUCAAUCUAUAUCCUAUUCAGACCGAACGAUGUGGUCACGCAAUGCUGCUGUCACGGUUGUACCCGAUCCUAUCUGGAGAGAUUCUGCGACGUACCGAACAGAUGAUUCAACAUUUGGCUGCGAAAGGAUACUCGCCCUAUCCAUGGACUGAAAAAGACACCGGAUUCAACAUCCACAUCUCAGUCGAACUAUGGCAUUAUGGAGCAAUCAUAGUACAGAAAUCGAUCACUCCACGAGUCAUGGGAUUCCGGCAGGCCAGAAUCCGAUGGAAUCAAGCAGUUCUGUGA